CUUCCCGAAACGGAGAAGGGAAUUCUCUAUCUCAGCCACAUGGGAAUGCCUAGGAAAGAUACGGCUUCAGAUCUGCCUGCAGCCUUCCCACUCUUUCCCGUCUAGAGUUUAGACCUACCUAGGUACCUUAGUAUUUAGGUGCCCUGUCUACAGCCCAGUCUAGCUUAGACCUUGACAUCUCAUUUCUGACCAAGACCAAGGUCAUUGCAUUGUACUGCGACACACUUCUUAAGAUUCAUUUGCGGCGACCGACUCCGGCAGAAUGGUUUCCUCGCUGAUACGGCAACAGUUUGUGUGGAAGACAACUCCUGUCGCGCCACGCGCCCAGCCGGUGUCUCCUGAACAUUGGGAGGGGCAUAGGAAAAUCAUUUGCGAGAUGUAUAAGUCUGCGACGCUAGAGGAGGUCAUGAGGUACAUGGAAGCAAACCAUGGCUUCGCCCCAUCACGCAAGCAGUACAUUCUUCAGCUUGGGAAAUGGGGUUUGCGGAAGUAUGGCAAGGAGCCCGUCCGAGUUGCACUGGAGGAUGUGUCAAUGCCCGGAAAGGCUUCAGGAAUAUCCGACGGACCCCCUGAUUACCCGCUCCCAGAGCCACCGCCCGCAAAGCGACGAAAGCUAGGAGAUACUGUGCCGCGAGAAACUCGGGGAACCAACCGGAACACCUCACAUGGCGUGUCAACAUCACAGUCUGAAGGCCCCUGCUGCAACAGCAACAAACGGAUAUUUCCAGCUUCUCUCUUAGGCUCGACUCUCGCUGACGGACUUUCCCACACCGAGAUCGAAGUGGAAAUUGAACAGGUUGAGCUGGCUGCGGAGUUCUUUCUCCAUUCUCGGUGCUACGAAGACAGCUAUCGUCUGUACACGUUGCUGUUGAACUGGACCAAAAGUCACGGUGCUCCGCUGUGUCCUUUUGCCUUCGAGCUGCUCAAGCGAGUCGUGAUCGGUCGCGCGCGGUCUGGUGAAUACGACCCUGAAAAUCCCACCGCCGGGCGUCUCUCCGGGUGGGACGAUGUGGCCGAGGAGGAUGCCUCGGUUUUGUUUUACAGGCGUGUCCGCUUGUGGGAGUCGCAGCGGGCAAGCGGCGUGUUACGAGCGUACGAGGCAGCGAUCCGAGAUACACAGGCGGACUACUUCCGACAGGCAUUUCUGAAACCGAAGACUGCGAUUCGAGACGUCGACGGGCCCCUCGGCUGUUCUAGGCUGGGAAUGGUCGACUGCUUCGCUAACUCGAGCAGCGUGGACGUGUUGAUAGUCUGCUUGCGCUGGCUUCUGCGUAGGGCAACAAGACCCUCGCUCGCGAGUCGCAUGCAUGCAGAGGCCGUUCCCGCCGGCUCAGACGACCAUUGGAGGCGUGUGCUUUUCACCUCAAUGUUCACCUCUUUCUGGGGUGAGUUUAGAGACGAAGUGAAGUUGAGCGACACGCCCAGCUGGGCCGAGAUGAUGAACCUCACGACGGGCAUCUCAGCAACGGAGCUACUCGCGGUGGUGACCAACCUCGUGCUUCAACAUGCGCCGGCGCCAUCUAGCACCUCUGGCGUUCUCAACAUCAUCCUGUACUGCGAAGAGUCAAUUGAUCUGGUCAUUGAAGGCAUGCUAGGAAUGCGGAAUGAGCAGCUUGCGGAACGCUUCUUUCGCGCAUUUGUCGACCCUGCGCGUCUCCGCCCUGGGACUCUGAGAUGCACAUAUAACAACAUAUGGGACGAUGUCGCCAUGAGGCUUUCCCGAGCGACUGUCCUCAAGCAUCUGAACUUGGAACCGGUAUCGUUUCUCGACCUGAUUUCCCAGGGGGCACCGGCCCAUCAGGACUCCGAGGCGCAACCACCCGAUCCUCUCGACUGGACCUUACCGGUCACUCGGGACACCUCCCCGGCUCCCGAGAGCGCGAGUUCCAACCCAGCGGACCUUGAAGCCGAGACCGGUGACAACACUAUGUUAACCGCAUCUCCAAUAGCAGUCCCCAUUGGUGUUCCGGGGCGCACUACAGGGCCUCAACUCCCGCCUCUCACGGACCAGUUACACUCACCCGACUACAAGUCGAUGGCUGCUCUACGGGACCACAUCACCGCAACAGUUGAUCUACAAUCGGCUAUGAGCAAACUAUCAAUCGAUCUUCCUUCCGCGGUGCUGGGCCCGGCAAGUUGGAAAAGCAUCAAGAGCAGCCCCUCGCAAGGGUUGAGAAGGACUCUUGGGUAUGGUGUUUUCUCUGGUGUGAACUCUCCGGCUUUCAGGUUCAGCGGGAGUGCCGCAGCAAGUCUUGGGAGUGUUCUCAGCGGAGCAAGCCGAUGAAAGGGGAGUCUCGUAAGAAGGUUUAUCAAGUAACCAACUAUAAGGUUUCCUUUCAUGGGAGGAGUCUUUAUGACGUAGAUAUCCAAAAUGACCCAAACUUCUUUUGAUUUACUA